AUGCUGAAUGCACUCACAAAAAAGUCCAAGAGCAAGUCCAAGGCCCUCGCGGAGGUUGCUGAGGCUGCUGGCACGAAGGAUGCCGACUCCACCGUGAAGACACUCAACACCGACCUCAGCACGGACAAGGCUCCUCCUCCGCCCUCCUCCUCACCU